CGUACAACUCACGCAAAGCGUACUCCAUUGUACUGCACAGAAAAACUCGCUACAAAUUCUUCAUCAUCUCCGUCAUUACAUUGACCUUUUCUUGACUUUCUCUCUCUAAAACUCGCUCUAAUUAUUUUCUUGAAUUCCCUGAAUCGGAAAAACAAAAGCAAAGAAGAAAAAUGAUGCACAUGACGUUUUACUGGAGCAAAGAAGUGACACUCCUCUUCGAUUCAUGGAAAACCAAGACAUGGCUAAGUUAUGGUUUAACUCUUCUCGUCUGUGUAAUCACUUCCGCCUCGUACCAAUUUCUUGAAAACCGACGCGUGCAACUUAAAGUCAACGCCGCAAACGCUGGUUCGGCGGUGGGGGUAGAUGAGCCUCUGCUUCAAUCAAAGACUGGUGGAGGAAAGUGGUCGGUGGCGCGUGUUGCCGGAGCUGUGCUUUUUGGGGUCAAUUCGGCUAUUGGGUACUUGUUGAUGCUUGCUGUUAUGUCUUUUAAUGGAGGAGUGCUUUUGGCUGUUGUUUUCGGGUUGACUAUUGGGUACUUGUUGUUUAGAAGCGAAGAUGAGAAUCUGACGAUGAUUCUUGAUAACCCAUGCGCUUGUGCUUAAAAGAAAUUAAUCGAGUCUUCUUUUUAUUUUGUUUUGCGUUGUAUUAUUUGUUUCUUUUUACUUGUUUGUUAAAGACCAAGAAAGAUCUUAUCUUUGUAAGAAAUUUGGAAUUUCUUUUUGUAAAUAGAUUUUACUUUUUGGGUUGA